AUGGUCCAAUAUACAUACAACGUUCCUGCGAUAUUCCUCUCAAUUUACAGGGAGAUUCCGGACACCACACUACUAGCAUUUGCCCGUCACAUCAGCGCGGAUAAGUUUUUCGACAUUGGUGAAAAACUCGGAUUUGCAAAAUCAGAGCUACAGCAUAUCGAGCACCGGACAUUGUAUAACAGAAAAGACGCUAACAUCCAAAUGCUCUCGAGCUGGAAAGCAUCCCAAACAUCAGUACCCAAGGCAAAGGAGACGUUAAAGAGGGUUUGGAAGUCUGUGAAUCAAGCCUCUGAAGAAAAUGUCGUAAAAGGUGGAAAACAAGAAGAUAAUACUGAGGAGGAGCAGGAGCACGACGAACACCACCACGAAGAAGAAGAGAUGGAGCAGGACAAGGAAAUUGAUGAGGAGGAAGAAGAUGAUGAAGGAGAAGAAGAAGAAGAGGAAGAUACAGAUGAAGACGAGAUCCUUCAUAAACUCGAAGUGAAUCUAAUUCCCUCACCUGAACAAAGGACAGAUGGGAGUGAGUACGAAGAGCCUGAAGACUUGGAGGUCAUCAAAUCAAGUAUGCAUGAUGGAAUGGAGAUCGGUGACGAUAAUGACCAGUGUGGGGGUUCACCGACUACUGGGGAACUUUGCAGCGUCGCUUCACCGAUAAAGAGUCCCUCUUUGGCGAUGGAACUGGGUAAAGCUCUACGCGUUGAUAUUGACGACAUCGUUCGUAUUGUAGCUCUUAACCCUGCAGCAAUGAAGAAACUAGCAAUGCAUCUCCUCCACAGGUGGGAAAAACGUUUAGGAAGCAAUGAAAGGGAAGACAGAAUAACAAAAAUUCUUCAUGAUUACAACAUCCAGGACGGCAGUACAGGUCUUGAUGAAAUCACAAGAAGGAUAAGCACACCUCAAGACCUCAUCUACCUCUCCCAAUGCACCAAUCUAAAGGCUUCUGAAAUCAUUCAAGUUAUGGCUUUAUCAAUGACAUUUGAACCUAACGUAAUACGACACAGAGCCGUUCUACGCAUGCUACAAAAAUGGGUCAAGGGAGGAGGAAGAAGGCAGAGGCUUCUUGAAAUUGUCCAGGCUUUCCAUUUCAACGAUGCUGCAAGAAAUGUAGCAAAAGGAAAAUUUGGUCGCAGAGUAUUAUCUUCUCAAACAUCGAUUGGUUUCCAGAUCUCUCAAGACAAGAUCACCUUCUCAACACGUCAUCUUCAAUUAUUUACAUUGUCAUCAACAUAUAUUUAUGGUGUUCGAUUCACCUGUGAGAUGUCUCUAACUUACUCGUCCAACAAACCAACACUCCAUGUUAUCGUAGCUCACCCCUACAACGGAUACCUCACAGCCGUCAGCAAACGUCACGAGACCGUUUCAAAACUAUCCUACCAAGCCACGGCUGUUAUAAAAUUCAAUAUUGAAUCAUCAGAAGAUGACAUUAAGCUUUCGUUUCUGUCUGACUCUGAUAACGCCUUAUAUAUAAGGGUUCCUAUUCACUGCCUACUCGGUGGAGGAUGUCAUUCAAGCACAUUUGAUCUAUCGCCCUCUACUGCAAAUGAGAAAAAGUUUAAAGCACGUGUGCAUAUUGACCAGGGUGCAUCAACGCUCACACAUCAUCAAUUUACAAUUUUAAAAGAAGCUGAACCAGACUAUGCAAUCUCCCCCACGCGAGACAGACAGAGAUUUGCAUCAGACUACAUGCUAGAGGUGUUGUCCGAUUUGGUAUGUGAGAUUAAGGAUGCUCGGGAACUGGGCUACAAACUUGGUUUCUCUUACUCAUCAGUGAAGAAAUACCUGGUCAGAACUGACUCCUCGUCCCGCAGUGUCUCAAGAUCGGCUCUUAUAGAAAUGCUAAUGGACUGGAGACGGUGUGUCCGACCCAGUGAGCAGGUUGAGAAACUCAAACUUGCCCUAGAUGCCGCUGGGUUAAGACAUGAAGCUGAAAUUAUCUUUGACCAAAAAACAGUCUAAUUAGUUCAUUUCUGACGCCUUGUCCUCCAAAUAAUGGGCAAUGAGAUCUUCACGAAGCAAGUCAUCUUCCUUUACAGGUUUAUAUCUCAAAAAAUGUAGAAGCACUGUCGCACUGUAAAUUUUGUAGGCCUAACUUUUUCAUUCUCUACCUUUGUAUAGAAAAAGAAACAUUUACGUUUGUAUUGAUAUUGAGUUAUUCGAGUAGGACUGACAGAGUUGUGUUAAAAUCGUGACCCUUACACAAAUAUACUACCAAGCAUGUAUUGAUUAUAAAUUAUAUAUAUAGACCCUGUAUAUUAAUUUGUUUUUUCGUUAUUCUUACCGAUGAAUACACAGUGUUCUGUAUAAUUAUGCUCUUAGAUUACAAAUUCAAAAUCAAUCCCAGCCAUGGCGUGUUUUCCUUCAGCGAGAAAUGUAUCCAUACUUUGCUGCACUCGACCCAGGUGAGGUGAAUGGGUACACUACCCGGCAGGAUUAAUUCCUUGCAUACACUGAGCGCCGGUGAUGGUAGCUAGAGCUAAAGCCAGGGUAAUGAUAGCAAGCGCUUUGUAUCCACAGGCUAAAAGUGCUUUAUAAGCAUGAUAAAUACAGCUAUUAAUAUUAGUAUGAUUACUAUUACUGAUCCGUAAAAGUUUGCUUCCUUCUAUGCAGUAAAUACACAUAAAUUCCUGUGAAUGGAUAUUUUACACAAAGGGUAAUACCCUUAUUUGCUUCUUUUAUGAAUGACACACGAUAGCACAGUCAGUGUACUUCUUGCUUGUGUUUUUUUUAUAUAGAGUAAAAACAUGUUUGAAUGGAGAAAAAAGAAAACAGCGUAUAGGUUACAUUUGCCUUCACAUGUAUGAUUGACAACAUGAAUAAGGAGCUCCCAUAUUAUGUGGACAGUACUGUGAAUAUUUAUACAGGAUAACAUAUUCAGAUUAAACGUUAUUUCAAGCAUUGUCAUGUUAUAAUAAUAAUAAUAUAUACAUGUAAAAUUUAAGAUGCAGUAAUUUAGAUGCUAU